CUUGGGAACCGUAGGGCCCCUCCCCCCCCCAACAGGAACAGGCCAAGGAAAUGGACCAGGGCCCAGGGCCACCAAAGGGAGCAUCAUUUAAGGGCUGUGUUGUGUCUGGCCAUGGCUCACGUCCGUCCUCUGAACCCACAGUGUAAAUGGACAAGUCAAGCUACGCUCAAACUCUAAGCCUGCCAGUGAAGGAGACAGCGCUCGGUGCCCACCAUGCGGGGCUCUUCGGGGCUCGCCCUGCUCUAUGGAUUGCCCUGGCUCCUGGCCGCAGUGCCCCAGCUCCCUCCACCAUCUGGGGGGCAGCUAAGGAGCUUUUCCCGGGCUCAGGCGAGGAGUGGCCGCUUCCAAGACACAGCCAGGGGAGCCGAUUUCGAUCGCGUUUACAGCGGGGUGGUGAACCUCAGCACGGAGGAGAUCUACUCUUUCAAUUACACCAGCAAACCCGGGCAGGUGGACGCCGUGCGGGUGUACGUGAACAGCUCCUCUGAGAACCUCAAGUAUCCGGUCCUAUUUGUGGUGCGCCAGCAGAAAGGAGUGCUGUCCUGGCAGGUGCCUCUGCUCUUCCGGGGAUUGUACCAGAGAACCUAUAACUACCAGGAAGUGAGCCGCACGCUGUGCCCUUCGGAAGCCACCAAUGAGACGAGACCCUCGGAACAACUCCUGUUUGUGGACGUGGCUUCGAUGGCUCCCCUGGGGGCCCAGUACAACCUGCUGGUUACCCGACUCAAGAGUUUCCAGCUGCAGACAAAUGUUGCCUUUCACUUCACUGCCAGCCCUUCUCAACCACAGUAUUUUCUUUACAAGUUUCCUGAAGAUGUGGACUCUGUUAUCAUUAAAGUAGUGUCUGAAAUGGUCUACCCAUGUUCAGUUGUAUCAGUUCAGGAUAUUGUGUGCCCAGUGUAUGAUCUUGACCAUAACGUGGAAUUUAAUGGUGUUUACCAGUCCAUGACCAAGAAAGCAGCUAUUACCAUACAGAAGAAGGAUUUCCCAGGAGAGCAGUUCUUUGUGGUGUUCGUGAUAAAGCCUGAAGACUAUGCUUGUGGAGGAUCAUUCUUCAUCCAGGAAAAGGAAAACCACACCUGGAACCUACAGAGAACAAAGAACCUCAAAGUGACCAUUGUUCCCUCCAUUAAAGAAUCUAUUUAUGUGAAGGCCAUAUUACUCAGCUUCCUUAUAUUCUUCUCCUUCUACUUGGGGUCUCUACUUGUUGCUUUUGUGCACUAUGUCAGAUUUCGGAGGAAAUCCAUGGACGGGAGAUACUGUUCAAACGACGGACCUAGGAAUGUAACUGAUUCCCACCCCAUUGCCACCAGCACACCUGAAGGGAGCAGCUAUGGGGCAAUAGAUGAGUCCGUGUCCAGUGGAGGCAGGCAGAUGUCUUCAUCAGACGGCGGGGGCCGCUACCAGUCAGACACCGAUAGCUCGGUGGAGGAAGAGAGCGAUUUUGACACCAUGCCGGACAUUGAAAGUGAUAAAAAUGUCAUUCGGACCAAGAUGUUCCUCUACCUGUCAGACCUGUCCAGGAAGGAUCGAAGAAUUGUCAGCAAAAAAUAUAAGAUUUAUUUUUGGAACAUCACGACCAUUGCUGUGUUUUAUGCCCUUCCUGUCAUCCAGCUGGUUAUCACCUACCAGACUGUUGUGAAUGUGACUGGCAAUCAGGACAUCUGCUACUAUAACUUUCUCUGUGCUCACCCCUUGGGGGUCCUCAGUGCCUUCAACAACAUCCUCAGCAACCUUGGUCACGUGCUCCUGGGAUUCCUCUUCCUCCUGAUAGUGUUGCAUCGGGACAUCCUCCACCGAAGGUCCCUGGACGCGAAGGACAUCUUUGCCAUGGAAUAUGGGAUUCCCAAGCACUUUGGCCUUUUCUAUGCCAUGGGCAUCGCCCUGAUGAUGGAAGGGGUUCUCAGUGCUUGCUACCACGUCUGCCCUAAUUACUCCAACUUCCAGUUUGACACCUCCUUCAUGUACAUGAUCGCCGGGCUCUGCAUGCUGAAGCUCUAUCAGACCCGCCACCCUGACAUCAAUGCCAGUGCCUAUUCUGCCUACGCAUCUUUUGCAGUGGUCAUCUGUCUUGCUGUCCUCGGAGUGUUAUUUGGAAAAAAUGAUGUGUGGUUCUGGGUUAUCUUCUCUGCCAUCCACAUUCUGGCAUCCCUUGCUCUCAGCACACAGAUCUACUAUAUGGGUCGUUUCAAAAUAGCAGAUCUGGGAAUUUUCCGCCGGAUUGCAAUGGUGUUCUACACUGACUGUUUCCACCAGUGUAGCCGACCCCUGUACAUGGACAGAAUGGUGCUGCUCAUUGUUGGGAAUCUUGUUAACUGGUCCUUUGCCCUCUUCGGACUGGUGUAUCGGCCCAGGGACUUUGCCUCCUACAUGCUGGGGAUCUUCAUCUGCAACCUGCUGCUGUAUCUUGCCUUUUACAUCAUCAUGAAGCUCCGCAGCUCUGAGAGGGUCCUUCCCAUCCCGCUCUUCUGCAUCAUUGCCACAGCCGUGGUGUGGGCAGCAGCCCUUUACUUCUUCUUCCAGAAUCUUAGCAGCUGGGAGGAAACCCCAGCAGAAUCCCGAGAGAAGAACCGUGACUGUAUCCUGCUGGAUUUCUUUGAUGACCACGAUGUCUGGCACUUCCUUUCUGCUACUGCCUUGUUUUUCUCAUUCUUGGUAUUAUUAACUCUGGAUGAUGACCUGGAUGUGGUCCGGAGAGACCAGAUCCCCGUCUUCUGAGUGCGGGCUGUGCGUGACGUGAGAGAAAGUGGACCCUCUUAGUGCUGCUCCACAGCUGUUGCAGCCACCACCAUAGAUUCUCUGGUCAUCUGCCAAGAGGACCAACUCGUGUGCAUCCCAAUAGUGAGCGUGUGAGAAGAGGAGGGGGAGCCCCCUGGAGAGGGACACGGGCAAUCGUGGCCGGCGGAAGGCCGACCCCCCAGUUCUUCUUUUUGCCACUCCGCUGAGAUGGAACAAGAAGCAUAAAUAUCGUUCCCGCGGCAUCGUCCUGCAACCCUCCCCCAGAAGUUGGUCAGCUGCGGCAAACUGAUGGUGCCCCUUUUCCUUGAUCUCUGGGCCCAGUGAGGCUACAAACUGACUUCUCCCAAGACCUUUUGGCUACAGUCACGUGUUUGUCAGCUUGUCUGCUCUUGGACAAGCCAGAGCAUCCGUCUGCACCUUCGGAGCCCUGGUGGGGACGGUCCCUCCUUCGGUGCGCGCUAUAUAAGCUCGGGGGCUUCCCCUCAGCCCGGGGAAGGCCCACUCUCUGGGGGGAAGCUGUCUGUUUCCUAUAGGCUCCCGGUCUAUGUUGUUAAUGGAUGUGGAGCAGAACGUCCACUGGACGUUCUUUGUGACAGAGCCUCUGGGACAGAAGGCUCCUGUUCCUACCUAUUCUUCACCCAUCAAGCGCCCGUGUCUGCAUCAAAGGCUCUUUGCGGACUCCAUAUUUGGCUUUAACGUUCCUGGGAAGACGCUGCUCCUCCUCCUUCCUCUUGCCAGCCCCUGUGGUGAUGGACACCCUUUCAAAGCACGUGCCAGGGCGGGAAACUCCCAACAACCAGUAGAAUGACAUCCAGCGAGUGAAGCCAGCCCAUCCUUCCGGGUGGCAAAAUCGUCAGCAACUUCAGAACUAAACAUCAUCUGCCUCAGCCCAAGGCCGCAAUCUUGGAAGAUUCUAGACUUUGGUGCAAAUGCCCCCUCGUAAAAGUGCUCACUCUGUUCUUCGGCCCCAAAUAGCUGAAUGGUGUACCUAAAGUAUCAGUGAGAGAGAAGCGGGCAAAUAAUCCAGAAAAAGGAAACUUAGCAAGGCACUCAGAUGAGCUCUAGCCUGUCCCUUAGUUUGCCCCACUCUGUGGUAGGCUCAGACCGUCUCACCUUGAGCCAUUUUUAGAGCUGACCCCUUCCUGGCUGCAGAGAGCUCUAAGGAUUUUAAUGCUCUCUUUGGUAAUACUCGAUAGUCUUUUUUUCUCCCCCCAAAGGUAUGGAAAAGCAGAAAUCUAACUUAGGUCUGCUUUCCUUUUGCCCAACAGGCCUGCCUCUAUGAGGCUGGGAGCCUCCAUUUUUACAUUGCUCCCUUCUUAGAAGGAAUUUGAUGUGAGAGGAAAACUAACUUUUGAGUGAAAUUUAAGUCCCCUGAAUUUUUUGACCCAUCCCCUCAAAGAGAUGAAUCUACAUCUUUUUUAAAAAAAGAAAAGUGCUUUUUAGCAUUAUCUUUACUCGAAAAUAUUUGCAUAAGCAUUUUUAACAAAUACAUUUUGGAAGUUUUACUUGGCAAGCCUCUUCUUGCUUUCACAACAUGUGCACACGCACAAAGAUGCUUGCAAUGAAAUAUUGUGUGAAAAGUUUCUAAACAACCAAAAUGGAUUUAAUAGCGUUCUGUUUUUCUUCAUUCUUAAAAAGACCCAUUUUUAUAGUUACAGCCACAUGGAGACCAUUAAUUACAUACUCAUCUUAAACCAUAAAACCAAAGCCCAUUUUACUGCACCUGGCACUCUUUAGACUAUAAUCCAUGAAUUCUUUUUCUUUUCCAUUUCUCUUUUGUUUAUAAGCCCCACUACGGAGAAAUAGAACAAUAAAAAUCCAUCCAAGCAGCGCCACGGCCUAAUCUGAACAAGCUGUAAGGUCUAUUCCCAAUUCUGAGUCUUCCUUGGAAAACAAAUCAGUAGAACCAGAGGGUGGGAGGCGGGCAGGAGGGUCCAGGACGCUUCUUCUAGCACUGUGUCUUUGAUCACCACUCUGAUGUCCGCCUUGUGCUGUGAAGUCACUGAUUGUUGUGGAUUGUGUUCUGUGUGGCAGGACUGAACGCCCAGAUCAAGCCUGCUGUGAUAAAUGUCAAUACUGAGAUACAA